AUGGCCGGGGUCCUUCCGUCCCCUUCAUCCUCGUGCGGUCGAGGUCCUCGAGCGGGAGCCAUGGCCGGGGUCCUUCCGUCCCCUUCCUCCUCGCACGACCGGGAUCCUCGAGCGGGAGCCAUGGCCGGGGUCACCAGCGGGAAGGAGAAGGAGCUCGCCAUCCCCUCGCUGGCCGCUGCUCUUCCCGUCGCUGUGACGCCAACCGCUAUUCCCUACCGCGCGCGGCGUCAAGUUCUCGCCGCCGGUCCAAUCUCCUACCGUGCGGCGUCAAUCUCCUACCGGUGUCGAGGUGGAGGAUGA